GUAUUUUACUAAUCUUAGACACCAUUAAAGGAUAAUUCAAAAGUUAGCAGUAAAGUUCCCGAAAGGUGAGGACGUGCGGUUUCAUAUGAGAACCUUUCUCCUAAAAGUUGCAUCAAAUCAAGUGGACAGUUUUCUGAGUCUGAACUUUGGACAAUAGAUGUCCGGAGGUGGUGGGUUUUAGGAACAUGUCGAGGACAGGAAAACAACAGUUGGUGCGGUCCACUUCCGCCCUGGACACAGAAUAUAAUGCACUCAGAAGAAGGAUGAGUCGAUUAAGGGUACAGCAGGGACAGCUUCCUGUGGCGGAUGACAUGGAUUUAGAACCAAAUGAUGAAUAUUAUGGAGACUUACUUAAGUUUUGGAGAAAACAUAAGAUUUACAUGGGAAAAGAAAUGAUGUCAACGAUUGCAGAUGCAAAAGCCAAAAAGAAAGCCAAACAAAGAGGAAGGCGAAAAUCACACGAAUUUGAAGAUCUGAAUAUCAAUAAGAAAACAGGAAAACUGACUCCGGCCUUAGAAGAAAGAGAAGAGGAACAUCAAGAUGAUGAAGAGGAUUCAGUGAAGAGUUCACCGGAAGGAACGCCUAAACUAAAAAAGAAAAGCGUGACUGAGAACCCUAAAAUAAACGGAAAAGUGACACACACAGAAUACAAACAAAAACGGGAAAGUAGUGCAACAUCCGCAAGUUCUACAAAAAGUGGACUUUCUAACGGGAAAACAGUUCUUAAAUCAACCGUCCACCGCAAAAUUUCUGACUCCACCAAAUCCAAAAAAUGA